AUGUUCACCAAAUUAAAGGCCUUAGUGGGGGCUCCUGAGCCUCCACCUGCCCAGGCUGCUCCUGUACCUUCUCCAGCUGCUCCACCGGCGAAGCCUCCUGAAAAGGAGGAGACUGCCCAACCAAAGGCCGAUACAAAGCAAGCUGAGAAAGGGAAAGAGGAACCGGUAAAAGGAGAGAAGAAAAAAGAUGAGGAAGAAGCCAUAAAAGAGCAGCCAAAGCCAGGUACAGAGAGAUUAUCAGCUACUGGCUGCUUUUGUCCACGUAUCAUUAAACCUUUGUCACUUUUCAAUCACAUUUUCAGUGAAGAGAAUGCACCUCCUGUGGUCUACUUCCGUGACACAGACGAGACUCUCAGAUGGUUGGUCAAAACGUUGAGGGAGCGAACGACGACGUUGAAAGAGAAAGUCGCUGAUCCAUAUGCCAGUUCUCCCGAAAUCACCCCGCCCGUCACGCCCAUUCUGAAGAAGGAGGAAUACCACCGACUGAAGGAAGAGGAGCGGAUAGCGAGAGAGGAAGCGGAAAAGAAGGCGGCAGAGGCGGCGGCCAAGAAGGCGGAAGAGAAGAAAAAGAAAGAUGAGGAGAAAAGGCUGGAGGCAGAGAAAAAAGCAGAGGAGGAGAGAAUAGCACAAGAGGCCCAGAAGAAAGAGAAGCGGUUCGCAGGUCUGGGCUUCAGCUGCUUGGAUGUGCUCUUCCGACCUAUCGAAGACAAACUGGAUCAUGUCCUGGGAUGCACCAUCGAUCCUUUCACUGAUCGGCGUUACAUCGCUUGGUUGACCAUUGUGGCGGUGGUGUACAACUACAAUAUUUGGUUCUGCUCCGCCCGCUUGGCCUUCCCCUUCCACAAUGACACGGCAAACCGAUACUGGAUCAUUUUGGACAUCCUGAGUGACCUGGUGUAUGUUUUGGACAUGAUGGUUUGGCAGCCUCGGCUUCAGUUUGUCCAAGCGGGCGAUGUUAUUAAAGACAGGGCCAUGACAAAAAAGCAUUAUCGCGAUUCACCUCGUUUUAAGACUGACAUCAUCUGCAUCAUCCCCUUUGACCUUCUCUGCCUGUACUUUCAAUUCUCAACUAUUUACAGACUCAACCGCUUCAUGAAGAUUGAGUCUUUCUUUGAAUUUAGUGAUCGACUUGAGAGCAUCAUGGCCAAAGCCUACAUCUGGAGAGUGGCUCGCACCACAGGCUACCUGCUCUACAGCCUCCACCUCAAUGCCUGUGCAUUCUACGUCGCCUCCGUACACCAGGGCCUUGGCACCACCACGUGGGUCUACAAUGGAAAUGGGACAGCGUACAUCCGAUGCUACUACUUUGCAGUGCGUAGCCUGAUCAACAUCGGUGGGCUACCCGAACCUACAACCAUCUUUGAGAUAGCCUUUCAGAUGACCAACUUUUUCAUUGGUGUCUUUGUGUUCUCCAGCCUGAUUGGCCAGAUGAGAGAUGUCAUUGGAGCAGCAACAGCAGGUCAAACCUAUUUCCGAGCAUCAAUGGAUGGCUGCGUAGCUUACAUGAACACCUACACAAUUCCAAAGUAUGUCCAGAACCGAAUAAGGACCUGGUACAACUACACCUGGGCUGCUCAGGGCAUGCUUGAUGAGUCUGAACUGCUGGAUAAGUUGCCUCUGGUGAUGAGAACUGCCAUUGCAGUGGACAUCAACCUGGCCACCUUCCAGAAGAUUGCUCUCUUUCAGGGCUGCGAUCAGCAGAUGUUGGUGGACAUGCUACUGAGGCUCAAGUCCAUUGUUUAUCUUCCAGGUGAUUUUGUCGUGAAGAAAGGUGACAUCGGUAAAGAGAUGUACAUCAUCAAGAGCGGAGCGGUGCAGGUGGUGGGAGGACCUGACAAUAGUAUUGUCUUUGUCACACUGAAGGCCGGCUGCGUGUUUGGCGAGAUCAGUUUGCUGCAGUCUGCCAAAGAUGGAGGGAACAGACGGACAGCAAAUGUCAAAGCGUACGGCUUCGCUAAUCUCUUUGUUUUGGAGAAGAAGGAUUUGUUUGACAUUCUGGUGCACUACCCGGAGUCUCAGAAAGUUCUGGCCAGGAAGGGAAGGAAACUGACCAAGGCCAAACCUCCUCCAGGUACGAAAGAAGAGGAAAAGCCAAAAGGUCUGGCUGUCUUUGGCCCAAGACCACCCACACCAAAGUUAAUCAAAGUGUUUACCAACCUAUGCAAACCUUCGAAUCAACAACAGCAUCGUUGAGCCAGACUGGGAAGCGAUUCUACUGCAUUGUGGACUCUGAUUUCAACUGAUCAGUGACACUUAUUGCAUUUUUGUUUUUUUGGAAUAUUUAUUUGGUGAAUUGUUCUUGACUGCCUACAAAAGUAAUAUUGA